ACAAAGGCUCUGAGUGCAGGACGCCCCUCGCCUCCCUCGCCCGAUCCCACUCCGGAGUCUUUCUUGGCCGCCAUGGAACAAGUCCUCGGAGUCGACCGUGUUGCUCUGACUUGUUCUUUCCGCUUCUGAGAUGCACGACCGUCUGGAUCCGCGAGUGGACGCCUUUUUGCGGCGAGAAGACAUUGAGAGACGCGUCGUGUGAGGGAGGGAGAGAGAGAGAGAGAGCGAGAGAGAGAGAGCGAGGGGAGUGGGGAGGUUGACGCCGUUUCCUCCUCUCCUCCUCCUCCUUCUUCUUCUUCCUUUCGCCCCCUCUCCUCCUCUUUUUGGCGGAGGCAGGAAUAAGCGCUUUUUGGGCUCUUUUGCGUCGCUUCUUUUCUAUGUGACUGCGCCAGCACACCGGCUCACGUUGUGCUCAAGAGUUGGAUCGAUCGCGCGCACUUGGAGCGCCAGGGACGCACGAGAGGAAAGAAAAGUCCGUUUUUUUCUUAGGGGGGAGGUGGGGAGGGCGGAAGGGGGUCAACCGGGACUGCUUGCUACUUUUUGCGAUCGCAAGAGAAGGGCUGCUUCUUUUUCUUUUCUCGGCCGCGGGGGUGUGGAGUAUUAAUUCUUAUAUGCCUGGGUUUUGAAAAACAAUGGAGACGCACGUUUCGUGCCUCUUCCCGGAAAUUUUGGCCAUGAUUUUCAGUUAUCUGGACGUGAGGGACAAAGGCAGGGUGGCCCAAGUGUGUCUGGCUUGGAGGGACGCGUCCUACCACAAGUCGGUGUGGAGGGGGGUGGAGGCCAAGCUGCACCUCCGGCGGGCCAACCCCUCGCUCUUCCCCAGCCUCCAGGCCAGGGGCAUCCGGAGGGUCCAGAUCCUGUCCCUGCGCCGCAGCCUGAGCUACGUGAUCCAGGGGAUGCCCAACAUCGAGUCCCUCAACCUGUCGGGCUGCUACAACUUGACCGACAACGGGCUGGGCCACGCGUUCGUGCAGGACAUCCCGUCGCUGCGGGUGCUGAACCUGAGCCUGUGCAAGCAGAUCACCGACUCCAGCCUGAGCCGCAUCGCCCAGCACCUGAAGAACUUGGAGGUGCUGGAACUGGGCGGCUGCAGCAACAUCACCAACACGGGCCUGCUGCUCAUCGCCUGGGGCCUGCACCGCCUCAAGAGCCUCAACCUGAGGUCCUGCCGCCACGUCUCUGACGUGGGCAUCGGGCACCUGGCCGGCAUGACCCGCAACGCCGCCCAGGGCUGCCUGAGCCUGGAGUACCUGACCCUGCAGGACUGCCAGAAACUCACCGACCUGUCCCUCAAGCACAUCUCCAAGGGGCUCUUCAAGCUGCGAGUGCUCAACCUCAGCUUCUGUGGCGGCAUCUCCGACGCCGGUAUGAUCCACCUCUCGCACAUGACCUCCCUGUGGAGCCUCAACCUGCGUUCCUGCGACAACAUCAGCGACACGGGCGCCAUGCACCUGGCCAUGGGCACUCUGCGCCUGUCGGGCCUGGACGUGUCCUUCUGCGACAAGAUCGGCGACCAGACGCUGGCGUACAUCGCGCAGGGGCUCUACCAGCUCAAGUCGCUCUCGCUCUGCUCCUGUCACAUCUCCGACGACGGCAUCAACCGCAUGGUGCGGCAGAUGCACGAGCUGCGGACGCUCAACAUCGGCCAGUGCGUGCGCAUCACCGACAAGGGCCUGGAGCUCAUCGCCGAUCACCUGACCCAGCUGGCCGGCAUCGACCUGUACGGAUGUACCAAGAUCACCAAGAGGGGGCUGGAGCGGAUCACACAGCUGCCCUGCCUUAAAGUUCUCAACUUGGGACUCUGGCAGAUGACCGAGAGCGAGAAAGUCAGGUGAUCCGGCGCUCGUUCGGACCGCUCUUAACGGAUCUCACAUUGAGUUUUAAUACCCCAGAUGCAAUUUCAUACGGAGCCCGGCGCCAAACUUUUCUUUUUCCCCAUCCCAGGUCCCGCCACAGCCUGAAAAAACAAACAAACAAAAAACAUUCGGCUACCUCUUAUGUGCUUGUUUUUCCGAAAAGAAAGACGGAAAAGCAGAAAAUGGGAGAAAAUGUGCCUAGAGGGACCGUGUGUGUCGCCCCCUCCCCCAUCUUCCCCUUCCAGAAUCAAACUCCCUUUUUGUUCAUUUUCCCCCACUCAACUAUUUGCAAUCUUAUGAUCAUCUAACUGACGCAUUAUGCAAAGUCAAACGCGGCUGUGUGUGCAAUUUGUCUUUUCUAAUCAAAACACGAAAAGUUGACACACGCCAAGCUUCAGGUAUCUCAGUCCAAAGGUGGAGGCGCGGGUGGGGGUAACCUUAGUGAAUGUUGCUUCAAAUUGAAGUGAUUUUAGAUAUGUUUGACCCUCUUGUAAUCGAUUGAAACGAAUCAGGGUUCGGCGCUUUUUGUUUUUCUAAGGAUGGACAUGCUCUCCUCUCUCCAUCCCUACCCCGGAUAAAAAUACCCCGAGCUCAUGCUUGGAAUAAGGAGCGAUCGAUUAUUUUCCCGGCUCUCUCAGACUCUCGGGUUACGUGCCGCAUCUCUGUUUUAUUUUUUAAUUUGGGCGACGUGUGCGUUUACUUCCAUGUAAUGCAAUGACCUGCUUGAUAAACGGAUGUGCGGCCUGCUGAAACAGCUGAAGAAGAAGAAAAAAAAAAAGAUGUUGUGUAUAUUAUGUUUGUAAAGAUGAAUUAACAACAUGCAGAAUUCCAAACUUAAAUUGUUUUAUAUUCUUACGAGCAAAAACAAUUAAAGAUAUUUAUAUAAUGAAGCAAAAGCGCCUUUUGUGUUGAUUUCAUUUACUCUCAUCUGCACGUUCGGGAGGAUUAGCAUAUUUAUUUCGCCGUCCUAUUAUGAAUCGGAUCCCUCCAACCCGUCAGCGUCAUCAUCAUCGCCAUGGAGUGCGCUUGCCUUUCAUUCUGAGGAGAGGGGGAAAAAAUCUGUUGUGUUGUUUUAUUAUUUAUGAGCACACUCAAAAUGGAUGCCUUGAUUCAGCCGCAUUGCCUUUGUAAUUAAUGAACACGAGGCACUGGAGCAGCUAUCUAGAUUGUUAAUGGAUGCACAUUGUUUUUAUGAAAAUUUUUAAGGAUUUUUUUUUUUGUCGUUGUGAUUUUAGACGUGAAAUUUUGGAGACACAGCGAGAACCAAAAGUGGUCUUUUGCCAUAUGCCGUGUGGCACUUU